AUGACCCAAACAUUAGAUGUUGCAGAAAAUUCUUGGUAUUUAUUCAACAUUAAACAAGCUGGAUUUUAUCGUGUUCAUUAUGCCGACAAUAACUGGGAACUAUUGACAGAACAGUUGUAUAAAGAUCACCGUGCUAUUCCACUUCAUUCACGAACACAAAUUUUGGAUGACUUAUUCAACUUAGCAAAUCGUGCUACUGUUUCAUACGACGUCUACUUAAAUCUGACAAAAUAUUUGAAAAAAGAAGAUCAGUAUGUUGUAUGGGAAACGACUCGACGAGCACUAUCUUAUUUAGACCGUAUGCUUGCCAUGGACGAGAGUUAUGGAGCUUUUCAAGCAUAUUUGCGUACGCUUGUAGAUGAUCCUCUUAAAUCAGUCGACUGGACAACAAUGAAAGAAGAUAAAGAUCAUAUGAAGCAUAUGUUGCGCCUGACAUUAACUCGUCUAGCAUGUCAAGCUGAACAUCAUUCAUGCGUUAAAAUGGCUACAGAAUAUUACAGAAAUUGGAUGCUUAAUCCUUCACAAAAUUUGAUCCCACCAAGUUUGAGGCCAGCUGUUUAUUGCACAGCAAUUAGAAUCGGUGGACAAAAAGAAUGGGAGUUCCUAAAACAACGUUUAUUAGAAGUGGAUAUCAAAGAGGAUGAGAAAAAUAGUAUUUUACAAGCAUUGUCUUGUUCUCGUGAUAUGUGGAUACAAUUAUCUAUAAAACUGAAGUAUGCCAUCCACUGUCCGAUACUUGUAGAUAAUAUUGUCGUCGAUUUACAGUUAUACAAACUCAAGAACCCUAUGAAGCCGUUGGUUGUAGAAAGUGCUGAUGGGAGACGUUUUGAUUCCACACAUCACUGUUUAUCUCUCAAGCCAAUACAUGCAGAAACUUUGGCAAUCCCAACUUUAAUGCGGUCAAAGAAAUCAUUCAUCAUGUUGAUAGUGUUGAUUCUUUCGUUUAUGUUAGUCGAUGAUGCUUCGGCAUUGAGCAGGUCUAAUUUUUUUGAACUUGAUUCGCAGCAUACAAAUAUGGUAACUACUAGUGUAACUGAAAAUAUCGGCGAUGACAAUAAUGUGUCGAUUCAUCCAUCAGAGGAUUUUAGAUUACCACGCACAUUGUUUCCACAUUUCUACGAUUUGUCAAUUCAAGUCCAUUUGCAUGAUAACAAGUCACAAGCAUUUUUCUUCAAUGGAUCUGUGACAAUAAAAGUUUUCUGUAAUGUGUCGACAACCGAGUUCUUCGUACAUGCAUCCGAUAAUCUGAAUGUGAGCUUGGAUCAAAUCCAUAUGUCGCUUCUUGAUGAAAAAAAUCAAACAAGUUCUUACAUUCAAAUAGACGAAGUUCAUUAUAUUGAAGAUGCUGAGUGUUAUCGAAUUAAACUCAAAACGCCUUUGCAACCAUAUACUUAUUACAACCUGACAUUUGGACAGUUUCGUUCUGAUAUGGACUAUGAUUCUGAUGGACUGUAUAUUAGCAGAUAUUUGGAGAAUGGGAUUUACAAAUAUUUGGCAAGUACUUACAUGGAGUCAGUUUAUGCAAGGAAUGUAUUUCCAUGUUGGGAUGAGCCGGAAUUUAAAGCAAAUUUCAAGGUCAAUAUUGUACGCGAUGAAAAUUUCCAUUCGCUUUCAAACAUGAAUUUGGAAAGUACGGAGGUGUUGUACGAUAAUUGGCGUGUCGACAGAUAUAACACCAGUGUGAAAAUGUCCACAUAUCUGUUGGCAUUUGUAGUUUCGCAGUUUUCGAAUAUUCAGAGGACAGACAAUAGAGGACGAAACUUCACUGUUUGGGCAAGACCGGAUAAAAUUCGUUCAGCCGAAUAUGCACUUGAUAUUGGCAUAAAAUUAUUGGGUUACUUUGAAGACUAUUUUGGCAUUCCCUAUUCACUUCCUAAAAUGGAUAUGAUUGCGAUUCCUAACUCUUCAAUAACGGCAAUGGAAAACUGGGGUUUGAUAACUUAUGAUGAAAAUAAGAUGUUAUGGGACGCAGAAAACGAUUCAACAGAUACCCUAUUUGAUGUGACGUUUUCUGUCUCACAUAAACUUGCUCAUCAGUGGUUAGGAAACUUAGUGACAAUGAAAUGGUGGGAUAACUUGUGGCUGAACGAAGGCUUCGCAACAUUUUUCGAAUACAUUGGUGUACAGUUACUACAUCCUGAGUGGAAAGUAGAUGAACUAUUCAUACUGGAUGAAUUGAUGCUUGCACUUGAUAUUGAUACUUUGAUGUUAUCAAGACCAGUCAUUUAUCCAGCUAAUACUGCAAUACGAAUUAUAACCAUGUUUGAUUUAAUCACCUACGACAAGGGCGCCUCUUUGGUUUGGAUGAUGGAGAAAUUCAUGGGCCGUAGCGCUUUUCAAAACGGUUUGAAAAGAUACUUAAUUCGAAACCAAUAUAAGAACACAGAUGAAAAGGAUUUAUGGAAGGCAUUAUCUGAAGAAUGGAAUACUCAAGGAAAUCAUUUGGACAUUGGAUUUAUUAUGGAUUCUUGGACUAAACAAAGGAAUUAUCCACUAGUGAUUGUGAAGAGAAAUGGGUCGAAUGUGUUCUGUUUCGAGCAGAUACGUUACUUUCAACACUAUGGUAACAAGUCAUCUCAAACAAAUCGUGAUUCGAAAUUAUCUAUUUUGUUUUGCUUUGGCCUCCUUGUCAGUCAACAUAUCGUACCGUAUACUCUUUUCUUGGACGCAACAAAAUAUUUAAACCGCGAAGAUGAGUUUAUUGUAUGGAUAACAGCUAGUCGAGCGCUGCUUUACAUUAAUAACGUGCUUGCUCUGAAUGAGAAUUAUGAAGAUUUCCAAGCAUACUUGCGAACUCUUAUCGAUAACCGUAUUCGAUCAGCGAAUUGGUCAUUUGUUGGCAAAGGUCAAGAUCUUCCAAAGAUACGUUUAGACUAUAAUGUGAUCAAAAUCGCUUGUAUAGCUGAACAUCAACUUUGUGUGAACAAAACUACGGAUCUCUUCAGACAAUGGAUGUCGAAACUCGAAACGAACCCCAUACGACCUGAUUUGAGAUUCAUUACUUAUUGUACAGCUAUUCGUCAUGGUGGUCAAGAAGAAUGGACAUUUUUAGAACGUCAGCUGAUAUUGAAUGAAACUGUGAAUGAGAUUGAGAAUGAAAACAAGAUGCUGGCUUUAACCUGUUCUCGUGAUCAAGAAAUUAUGAAAAGGUACUUAGAGCGGGUAAGAGAGAACGAGAACUUCUGGUUUACGCUUGACUAUUUCGCGCAAUCUCCAGUUGGCAGCCAACUUUUAUGGGACCACCUGAGUGAUGUAAAUAAUUUUAUUAAACAUAAAGACUUCACGGAAUCCAUACUAACCGCACUAACUAAAUAUCCUUAG